CUUCUCCUCUUCAUUAUAGUUUAGCACGCCGAAUGUUACUGAGGUGUGUGUGUAGUUAACCUAGACCUUCUUCUUCUCCACCAAUGCACCUCGUUUCUUUAAUCUCCGGUUAACUUUGAUCGUGGUUAAAUGUGUGUUUAAUUGAUAGCUUAGAUUUUGUGCAAUUAUGUCGCGUACCCCCGAAAAACAGCCACUUUUAGUGGAGGCUAAACAUAAAACUAACGGAUCAUCAAAACCGUCCUACCAAACUAUAUCUUACCCCGGGAAUCGAACCCAGUACCUCCUAAUUGCCAAACUGACAAUCAGAUUGUCAGUUAGGUGUAAGGUGACUGGAGUAGCCUACCCUGGAGAACUGAUUGCUCUGAUGGGUUCGAGUGGUGCUGGAAAAACGACUCUGCUCAACAGUCUGACAUUCAGGAAUUCGCAUGACUUGAUGGUGUCUGGACAACGGGCCAUCAAUGGGAUCCCAGUCACUGCCAACACCUUGGCUUCUCUGUCGGCAUAUGUGCAACAGGAUGACCUGUUUGUGGGCACACUUACUGUUAGGGAGCAUCUUGUUUUUCAGGCAAUGGUAAGGAUGGACAGGCACUUGAGCUAUGAGCAAAGGAUGAGUCGUGUAGAAGAAGUCAUUGAAGAGUUAAUGCUGACAGGCUGCCAAAAUACAAUAAUUGGAGUACCAGGAAAAAUUAAAGGAAUUUCCGGCGGAGAAAUGAAACGACUGUCUUUCGCAUCCGAAGUUCUGACCAACCCACCGUUGCUAUUUUGCGAUGAGCCGACAUCAGGCCUCGACUCGUAUAUGGCACAGAAUGUGGUCAGUGUUCUGAAGUCCCUGGCCAACAAAGGCAAGACGCUGAUCUGCACCAUUCACCAGCCCUCCUCUGAGGUCUACGCCAUGUUCGACAAGAUCCUCCUCAUGGCCGAGGGAAGGGUCGCCUUUCUGGGGUCCCUGGACCAGGCUACUGACUUUUUUAGGGGUUUGGGCGCAGGCUGUCCCAGCCACUACAACCCAGCUGAUUUCUUCAUCCAGCUGUUAGCUGUUGUGCCCAACAGCGAGGAGUCGUGUCGCAACAUGAUUGAAUUGGUCUGCGACACAUUCGCCACAUCCGAGAUCGGCACUAAACUGGCCCUCGAAGCGGAGCCCAAGUUUAGCGACCAUAAGUCGAAAUCCAUGUUUGUCGGAGCUUGGGGUGACUCCCUGUAUCCCAGGGCACUCUCCCCUUACAAGGCUUCCUGGUACAACCAGUUUAAGGCCGUGUUUUGGCGAUCAUGGAUCAGUGUAUGGAAGGAACCGGUUCUUAUCAAAGUCAGGAUGCUACAGACUUUUAUGGUAGCUCUAAUGGUUGGAAUAAUCUAUUUUGGCCAGGAGAACGACCAGGAUGGAGUCAUGAAUAUUAAUGGAGCUCUUUUCAUCUGUAUUACAAAUAUGACUUUCCAAAAUGUUUUCGCUGUGAUAUCUGUUUUCUGCGCAGAGCUACCAGUGUUUUUGCGGGAACAUUUCAACGGAAUGUAUCGGACCGACGUGUAUUUCCUGUGUAAAACCCUGGCCGAGGUUCCAAUAUUUUUGGCGAUUCCAGUAUUGUUCACAGUUGUGAUGUAUUAUAUGGUGGGUCUCAACCCGGCGCCUUCAAAAUUCGUGCAGGCUGGCAUUAUUAUAACAUUGGUUAGCAAUGUGGCCACAUCCUUCGGAUACCUCAUAUCAUGUGUAAGCUCUUCAGUGUCAGUAGCGUUAUCAAUAGGACCGCCUGUGGUUAUCCCAUUCCUACUCUUUGGAGGAUUCUUCUUGAACGCUGGAUCUGUUCCCCCGUACUUUGAGUGGCUAAGUAACUUGUCAUGGUUCAAGUAUGGAAACGAAGCCCUUCUUAUCAACCAGUGGGGUGACGUCACUGAUAUUAAAUGUACAAGGAUGAACGCUACAUGCCCUAAGGAUGGACAUAUUAUACUGGAGACCUACAAUUUUAGCGAGAAUGACUACCUCAUGGAUUACCUUUGUUUGAUUGGUCUGAUUAUUGGAUUCAGAUUAUUUGCUUUCCUCUCCUUACUCUACAGGACAUCAGGCAAAAAACAUUAGAAAGUUGAGAGAGUAGAAAAUCCUAUAAAUGAAGGAAAACACUAUAAAAUGAUGGGAAAAAACGUUGAUAAAUUGAGUAAAAACAGGUGGAAAACAUUUGAAAAAUAGAGGAAUGGUUCUCUCUCUACUUUUUACCAAUUGAAGUUACUCAUCUAUCUCAUUUCCCAUGACGAACUGCUACCUAGUUUUAAUAUUUUUUAAAACUAUUUUCAAAGUUUUGAACUAUUUUCAAAGUGUUGAACUAUUUUCAAAUUUUUGACACUGCAGUCUAGUUAGUUGAAGGUAUGCUCUAUUAAUGUUCAACUCGAGUUUUAUUGAUCAAGGGUUGAAGACAGUUACUUAAUGGCAGUUUAACCGAACCCAAGUAGGUACAACUUAACCCAGGUUAAAAGACCGUCAAUGUUAUCAGGUUUCUGAACAGGUUUAACCAAUUUUGACUUAAUCCGAGAUUAAAGGUCUCUCACUCAUUUGCAGUUUAAUUCAAGUUUAACUCAAUUCAUGGUUAAAAGGUUCACUACUCAAUGACAGUUUAACCCAAGUUUAACUUAAUCCAGGGUUUAUGUCCACUACUCAAUGACAGUUUAACCCAAGUUUAACUCAAUCCAGGGUUUAUGUCCACUACUCAAUGACAGUUUAACCCAGGUUUAAUUUAAUCCAGGGGUAAUGUCCACUACUCAAUGACAGUUUAACUCAAGUUUAACUUAAUCCAGGGUUAAUGUCCACUACUCAAUGACAGUUUAACCCGAGUUUAAUUCAAUCCAGGGUUAAUGUCCACUACUCAAUGACAGUUUAACCCAAGUUUAACUUAAUCCAGGGUUAAGGUCCACUACUCAAUGACAGUUUAACUCAAGUUUAACUUAAUCCAGGGUUAAUGUACACUACUCAAUGACAGUUUAACCCAAGUUCAACUCAUUCCAGGGUUGAGAAUCUUAUGUUAAAAGUUACAGUUCAACUCCAGUUCAACUUGGUACAAGAUUAAAUCAAGCUACGGUCGUAUGAUGAAUCACAUUCCGAGCUUGAACCAUCAGCUGAUCCAAUAAAGUUCAAACUUGGAUAAGUUUUGGAAUAAUAUUGGAGAAUUUGAUAGAACAAUGCAAAACCAUUAUAGCUUGAAUAAUUGGGAGGAAUACUACAAUAUAUUAGAUGGAGAGGUAACGAUUUUUAUCUUGUUGAUAUUAAAUGUUUAUUUUAUUUCAUAGUUUUUAAUAUGUGAUGAUGUGUUCAACUAGAAUACUAAACUUAAGUUGAACAAUUAACUGAUUUUAUUUUCUAUUUUGGUAGUGUUUUGAAUGAAGCAAUUCAUUAUGAAUACGGGAUUCUUUAUUGGACAAUGAAUUUUCAUAAUACAGAUGGAAAUUACUGAGGUAUUGCAAUUAUUCAAAUGCUAAUGAAUUAAUUAUUAUUAAACGAAAAUCCAAAUUUCGAAUUUUUGAAUAGUAGCGCUCGUCGAAAUUCCAUCUAGCUGUUUACCCUGUUGUCAAUAUUUGCAGUAGCAGAAGUCUACGGGGUGAAUUACAGCAUUUAUUUGGAUUUUCGUUUAAUAAUAAUAAUUUUCAUAAUGUCCAAUACGGUAAUAAAAAAUAUUCAUAUCAUUGAGAGUAGGAUUUCUAAAAUCGCUAAUUUUUUUGUAGGUAGUUGUUUUUAAUUAUUAGUAAAAAUAUAGUAAUCAAAUCAAAUAUAGUAUUCAUUAUAAAUUACUGAAUACUCAAAUAAUUCGUCAUUAUUGAACAAUGAAUUAUAAAUUUUGAUAAAGUCAAAUAAUAUAGAAUGAAUUUGUAUUAUUGGUUUGUUGUAGUUUGAAAUCUACCAUUAAAAAAUCAGGUUUCUAAAUACUAAAUUGGUACCGUACUCAUAUAAGUAUUAUUAUACUUAUUGUUAGUAACAACAUUUCUUAUAGGGCUACUGAAAUUAGGUAUUGAAACAUAAUAAAAUGAUUUACACUAAAAAUGGCUCUUGAAGAGUUAGUGUCAAGUCUUCUCUAUCUUCCCAUUGGUCGACGAUUUGUAACAAAAAUAAAUUUGUCGAUCAACAAACCAACAAACGGAGAUGCAGAGAUAACACAGCUAUAGUGAGGUCCACGUUAUAAUGGCAGUGCUUGAUUAGCAAUGGUAUUGCUAUCCUUGUCUAUCAUUCAACAAAGCGGAUAGCGCUAUCACUUUCUCGCUUUGUCCCUUUGUUGCCAGAUCGUCUUUUAACAAUGUAGAAUUAAUAAUUAAUUAACAAAAUAUUUCAUCCUAAUUAUGAAGUUAUUGAAAAAUAUAAUUUCUUGCUUCAUAAAAUAUAUAAUAGAUUAAUUUAAACGAGAAUGAACAGUUAAUAUUACAUCAAUAAACCUGUAUCAGCUACCGUCUAUAUAGAAGGUAUUGACAAGACAGAGGAUCGGCAACGUUGUUCACCUAUCUUUCUCCACUGCCAUUAUAACGUGGACCUCCCUAUAGUUGUGCUUUGAUCAAAAUAAGGAGGGUACUUGAUAAAUUUAAUUGUGUUCCAAUUAUUAUUUGUACCGUACUACUUUCAAGUACUUAUUAAGAUAUUUAUAAUUUUAGUAAACGUUCUUCAAACACUUUCAUUGAAAUUUGGGAAUUUUUUUCCAAUUCCUGAACUUCUUGAUUGUUUAUGAACUUUGGGUGAAUUUCUCAAAUUCAAUAUCGAUAUAGAAGCUUGUAGUUUUUAGAAUAAUAUUAUAUUUCUUGAAGAAAAAUAGAUUUAGCUCAGUUUAUAGUCUGCUAUCUAAGUCUCAAAAUUAUUUGUAUUUUGAUAUUAUUAAUUAUAUUUUGUUACAAGAA